AUGAGGCCUGUACUGUUGCAAGGCCAUGAGCGGUCGAUCAACCAGAUCAAGUACAACAAAGAAGGCGAUCUGCUAUUUUCAGUUGCCAAAGACAAGGUCAUAGGUGCCUGGUAUACCAGCAACGGAGAAAGACUAGGAACAUACAACGGCCACCAAGGUGCAAUUUGGACCAUCGAUGUAUCCCCUGACACGACUCUUCUCGCUUCUGGAGCCGCCGACAACACAAUCAAGCUGUGGAAUAUCAGAACAGGAGAAUGCGUCAAGACUUGGGAAUUUCCAACUGCUGUCAAACGGGUCGAGUUCAGCGAGGAUGGAAAGCAACUGCUUGCUGUGACGGAAAAGCGAAUGGGCUAUCUGGGAACAAUUGUUGUCUAUGACGUUCGAUACGGAGAUGAUCUUACAGACCAGACCGAUGAGCACAGUCUCAAGAUCACCUGCGAAGAUAGCAAAGCCACGGUCGCCGGGUGGAGUUAUUUGGACAAAUAUAUCAUUUCCGGUCACGAAGACGGAACAGUUCAACAGUGGGAUGCAAAGACAGGCGAAAGUUUAAUGGUUGUGGAGGCGCAUGAAUACGAUACCACUAUCAACGACCUGCAAUUUUCGCCCGACAGAACCUACUUCAUCACUGCCGGCAAAGACAAGAGUGCCAAGCUCAUAUCCUCCCGAGACCUAAGCAUCCUGAAAACCUACGUCGCCGACACCCCCCUCAACACUGCCGCUAUUACGUCCAAGAAAGAUUUUGUUAUCCUAGGUGGUGGCCAAGCCGCGAUGGAAGUGACCACGACAUCGGCCCGUCAAGGCAAAUUCGAGGCAAGAUUUUAUCACAAGAUUUUUGAGGAUGAGAUCGGCCGUAUCAAGGGUCACUUCGGCCCGCUGAAUACCAUCGCGGUACAUCCGCAAGGAACUGGAUAUGCCAGUGGCAGCGAAGACGGCUACGUGAGACUGCACGCCUUCGACAAACCCUACUUCGACUUCAUGUAUGAGGUUGAAAGAGAACAAGCACGGAAAUGA